AUGGGCUCUACUCAGUUAAUCGACUUUACACCGGCAGAUAUCGACAUGAUAUUUGCCGUCAGCCAAGAGAACCUCAAUGAAGGCCUAAGCGAGUACAUCAACGGUCUAGGCUCUCAGAUGUCGUGGGCUUUUGACGUUGAUUCAAAUGGGAAUUUAUUCCCGCCAGCAGAUCAGUCAGCCCCAGACAUAUCUUUCUCGGGUACCCUGGCAGCGCCAAUGGAGACAGCCUCUGGUCCUCGCACUUGGAUUGUUGAUCUCUCACAAUCUGGCGUAGCAAAUCAAGUGACCUUCAACCUGACCUUUGCGGAUGGUGCCACCUUCAACGACAACCAACUGGGGCGGAAAUUUACACAGUCCAUGGCAACAGGCGGUCCGCAAUGGGUUAUACCGUUCCAGGUCGAUCUCACUACGGCCAAGAUAGACGAGUUGAAGAAUAUCCCUCAGUGGCUCAGGGACCGCUUUGCUGCUUUGAAUGGCGACUAUGGCGAAGUAUUCGACCUAUCUCAGGUUCUCCUCGACCUGACAACCCUGGCAUUCAAGACUUCAUACGUGCCCCCUGGUAUCGACUUGUAUGACUGGGAACUCAUCGUUCAAGGAGCUUUUGCCUGUCUUCAGGCUAACCACGGUGAUAUCUACACCACGCCGCCAAGUGCUGGGUACGCAAUAACCUACAACGGUGCAACGCCAACGCAGACACCUCCGACUUACACGCCUACAAGUGUUGAUUUUGUGAUUCUUCCUAAUACUGCCUUACCCGGCGCCAGCGCUCUUGUAUUUGUCUUCAUGAUUAAUCAAAGACCCUUCCCAACUUCGCCUGCCAACGCCUUUGUCGACGUUGUCUUGAUAACUCAUCCGGAUAUAACCCCUGGAGUCGCCCUUGUCGGUGCACCCAAUUUUGUGUCGUUCCUCCAGGAUGACGUGCAAGACGUUGGCCUAGAUACUGGAGUGGUGAACAACUACGUCGAGAGUGUUCAAGUACCGGGAGGCGUAUCGUGGCAGCUCUCUCAGGAUGCUCCGGUCACGGUGUCGACCUCGUGGCCGAGCAGCGACAACAGUUAUACAAUCCUGGACGUGAACAUGAGCCAGCAGAAUUCCAACGCUCAAUAUCAAGCUUUCGCUGGUCCAUUCUACAACAACUCUUCAACGACCAAUAAUUUUGCAAACGCCUCUCUCAGCUCUUUUCAAGCCGAUACUGGCUUUACCCAACUUACAAUUGUAGGAUCCUUGACAUGGACCAUCAGCUAUACAUUGAGCCCACUAGAGGGGCUGCCCUCCGCCUGGAGCUCCCCAAGUUUUCAAUACUCAUGGAGUACCUCUUACAAGAUCCAAAGUUUGAACGCAACCGAUGCGCAGUCAGGCGGCGGGGUUCAAUUUGCGCUAUCAGCUUCGAUGUAUCCGACUUCACCUACCACUACUGGAACUGGAGAAAAUUUUGGCACAGUUCCUCCCACAACACAGGAUUAUGUAUCAUCCAUCUUGGCGCCAGUGGUUAAGGCGCUGCCUAGCCGUUUUAAAUCUAACAUUGCUUCACUUUCGUCUAUGGGUAGAUUUGUGUUUCCAGGUGGUGGAACUUUUACCUUCCGGGACCCGGCUGUUAAUAAUGUGUAUGCGCUGUAUACUACUAUACGAUAUCAAAACCCAAAUUAG